AUGGGAACGAGAGAAGUAUACGAAGAGAAGCUGAGGCGUGGGAAUCUUGAUUAUGAUACGACAAUGAACCCUGGUCUUGGUUCUGCUCGGUGUCCUCGUUGCCUUUCCCUCUUAAACCCUAAUCCAGAGAAAGGAGAGUGGACCAUCACUUCAGUUCUGCAUGAUGCUGCUGCUGUGCCUGGCUCUGGUAUUGGUGGCUUGCUUAGUGCCGUCCAUGCUUUCAAUACAGGGAUACCCGAUCUUCAAAAUCGGUUUCCUGGGUCAAAGCGGCUCUCCUUUCUUGUAGGAGUUCCAUUGCUGUUAGGAUAUUCAGGUGUAGGGGCUGCCUUUGGAGGUAACAUGAUCUUCUUUGCACCUGAACUUUUUGAUCUUGUAACAAUAUUUGAUCAGCUGACAGUUACCUCGUAUUAUGCAUCUUCAAGUGCUUCACAUUAUGGGAUCUCUAUGCUCACCCGCCAUAUCGAAGAAUAUUACCUCUCUCGAACUCUGAAAGAAUAA